AUGGAUAAGUUAAAAACCAAUUAUGUGGUCGAUAAGUAUCAAACGAGUAAAUAUAAUGGUGAUAUAUCAUUAAUUCGUGGGAAGAAAGAACAGUCACAUUGUACUUUGACUGUUGUUAAAAUCCUUGACAGUGGCCCGAAACGAGAUGUUGGUAAUGAUUUUGAAGGAGAACCAGUGGCCUGUGAAUCAUCUGAUACCGUUGGAUAUACGAAAUCAUUUGAGACGAAUGCAACUCAUAAUGGCGAAUCAUCAUCUAUCAGUUGUCUGACACCGUCGAAGUCGUCAAAAUUAGCUCGUACAAACACUAAAGCAAAAGUUUCAUCAAAUAAACAAUCAUGUACAUCAUCAACCAGUCUAACGUUAACAACAAAACGUUCUUCUACUUCUCCAGAUCCUGUAUUAUCUACUGCAAAGAAACAACGAACAACAAUGAAUUCACUAUCCAAUGUUAUUAUAGAACCAAAAAAGACAUUGCCAUCCACAGCGAAUACAUCAGGCGGAAAUAAUGUUGCCGAAGCGAUAGUAGCAUCAUCACAAGAGAUCACACCCAAAAAUAAAAAUGUAUCAAAAUCAAAUUUAAACAACAAAAUUUCAAUUCCAUCAACCACGGUAAAACAACAAAAAGUUAAGUCAUGUACUAUAGAGGAUGAUACAACGAAAAUAACAAAUCAUAAAACAAAAUUAACGGAUCAAACGAAAGUAGAUAUAACUGAUCUACCGGUUAUUAAACCAGAUCCCAUUCAAGACGAAGUAAAAUCAACAAUCAAAGAAACAUCGACUACUAAAAAAGUAUCAACAAAAUCAUCGCUAUCACAACAACAAACUGAUAAAACGCUACCGCAAAGUGUUACUACUAAAUUAAAAGUUGUUUCAAAUGAUGUUUUGCAACAAGAAAUUAAAAAUGAAGUAUCAUUGUCACCCAAACCAUUAGUAACAUCGAUUGAGCCAGCAGAUUCCAUUAAAAAAGAUGAGAAAAAGAAGGAAAUAUUGAAUAAUACAAAAAAACUAUCAUUAAUAAAUACUUCGUUAUCAAAUAAGAAACACACGACAAUCGAGAAAAAAUUAGAUUUGGACAAUAAUUCAACUAAAAUCAGCACCACACCGAUAGCAAAAAAUACAUCUGUAUCAAAUGCAAUACAAUCAAACGACGAGAAAGAGAAGAAACCAACAGAGAAGUCAACGACAAAAAAUAAACUAAAUUUAAUUAAAAAUAGUAUAACAACCAAAUCACCCUUAUCAACAAUCGCUGAGCUGAAUGAAAUGACAAUAAAACGUGACAACGAUAAUGUGGAUAAUGUCGAUAACCAACUUAAUAUUGUCCAGUCACCAUCAAUUGCUAAUUCCAUAAAAACGCCAGUUAAACCUUUAUCAUCUUCCUUGACGGGAACAGUAAAGGUAGAAGCUCUUUGCUCUCGUGCUGUUGUUGAGAUUAAAAAUGAGCCAUUAUCAAAUACAAAUGCGACAAUAACAGUUAAAUCAGAAUCAUCUACCACUAAGGAUGAAAAUAUUUCACCUAGACAAUCAAACCAAAAUAGUUUAUUGAAAAAAUCUUCAUUAAAUACAAUCAAAUCAGAACAACAAAAUUCACCAAAACUGGAGCAACCAGUAUCAAAGGCAUUAAGUAAUCUUGGUAAGAUACCACGUAAACAACCUCCACAGCAACCAAAAAAAGAAUACACUCCACCACGAUAUCGAUCUCCAUCACCGUCAUUUGAUUCAGAUAAAGACUAUCGUCGGUCAAGCAAUAGUGGUCGGUCAAAUUCAAGAAGUUCAUCUUAUACUAAUCAUGGAUCAUCAUCAAAAGGAAAAAAUGGAAGUAGUAAUUAUCGUAGUUCACCAAGUAGAUCACGAAGAUACAAUGAUCGAGAACGCUCUCGCUCUCGCUCUCGUUCAAGAAGUCGUUAUCAUCAUUCAUCAUCUCGUCGUUCAUUCAAUGAUAGUAGCCACCGUCGUAAUUCUAAAAGUGAUUCAUAUCGAAAUAAUAGUUAUCAACGUACGGAUGAAAGUCGAACACAUCACAGUCGUCGUACAAAAUCGAAAAGUCCAUAUCGAUAUCAACAUCAAGAAGAUAUUAAAAUAAAAGAAGAAACACAAACAAAAAUAGAAACAACAUCAUCAUCACCGACACUAUUAUCAAUAAGUCCUUUUAAUCAUCCUAUAACACCUGAGUCACAACCGCCACCUCGUUCUGUUGAACAAACAUAUUUAACAUCACCAGAAGAACAACAUAUAUUUCGUAGUGAAGAUGAUUGUAAAGUGAUCGAAAUGGAUAUUGACGAUGAUAAUAAUAAUAAUAAUAAUAAUGAUACAAAUAAUAAUUCUAUUAUUCAAAAGACUGUAUCAUGCACGUUUAUCAAAGCUGAAACAGCACCAAUACCAUUGACAAAUGGUCAUUUACAUUCUUCUGAUGAUGGUGAAAUUGAUAGUGAUGAACAGGUGGAAGAAGAAUUAGAUGAUGAUAACGAUGAUUUUCCAUCAGUUUUAACUGAUGAAUCAUUGAGAACAAAAAUAGCGUUUAUAUAUAAUUUAUUUUCAUGUGAUACUAAUCAUGAUGCCAUACUUGAAAAAUUUGUUCAUUUUUUUAAAAGAAGUGGACUAGUUGAUAUAACAAAAGAUGAUCAUAUGUUUACAUACGAUUUAUUAAAAUUAACUCCCGUAUUAAUUAAUCAAUUAGCUGAUGAUUUAGGUUAUGUUAAACAGUGA